GAAACGGCAGCGGCUUGCUGAGUUGAAGGCGCUGACAGCACUCAGAGCGAGCAGUCCGCUUACUGAGCAUUGAAAUUAAACAUUCUCUGCCUCUCAGGCAAUUUCAGUUACAAAUCUGCUCACUAUCCGACUCUCAAAACCUGAAGGCCUUCCGUGUCGUGUGGGUGUUUUCCGAGGAAUCGGGAAGUCGCUGCCAGGGCGAAUAUUUUAAUUGUUUAUCUUGCUUUUUGUCUGGAAAGUGUUUAACACAGGGACAUAUUAUUUUGUAAACGGAGGAAUCCACUUCAGUAGACAUGUGUACAAGAGGAGACUACCGAAUGAACGUGUUAGUUAUGGUGUUGAUGCUCUGCGCUUCUUCAAUGGAAAUUCGUGGUCAAGGUCUUUAUCCGGAGCAGAAGAGCGCGGCGGGAAAGAAGGAGUUUGCCUUCGAGUCAGCAGGAGGACCCGGCCCCUUCGCGACCACCCAUGACACCGAAAGGGAGGUCCACCCGGUCACCACGGCCUCUCCGCCCAACUUUCCCCACCAUCGCCCGCUCUUCAAGGGGUUCGUCCUCCACGAGGGGUUGCUCACAAAAGACUUCAGGGGAGACCAGCAGUUCUUCGCGGAAGAUGGGGCCUUGGCGGCUCACCCAACGACGCCCGCGCCCGGCUCUCGCUUCUCCGACGACGCCUCGACCCGGGUGGUGCCCCACGAGGAUGCCCCCGCCUACUCCGACCUUGCCACCACCGCUGCCACCACGGCAGCCACCCUUGCCAUGACCACCGCGGCUGCCGUUACCAUGGAGCCGCCCGUAUCCAUGGUGGAUGCCAUGGCGGCUAAGGGUCGCGGGAGGACCUCUGAGGUGGAGGUCGCAGUGACCACCGACUCCUUGACCACGCCCGUCAUGCUGACCUCCGACCCCCCGCCGCGCAGAGACGGCCCCGCCCUUUCCGUGCCUGCGAGGGACGGGCCCCCCGUUCGGGACGCGGUCACCGUGGCGACCAGCCUCGCUCCUCCUCGGGCCCUGACGACUUCGACGGGGCAGGGCGAAGAGGAGCCGCGCGCGCCCGGGGCAGGACGCAACCCGGGCCGCGGCGGCGAGGUCACCACCGCGGCAUCCUCCACCUCGUCCUCAGGGGACGUGGACGAGGAAACUACGACAACCACAAUCAUCACCACCACCAUCAUCACCACCAUGCAGAUGCCAGUUCCGUGCAACAUGAACUACACCAGUCCAAACGGGUACAUCGAGACUGCGUGGUACGACUCCAGCGCGGACUGCACCUUCACUGUGACCGUGUACCUGGGAUAUGGAGUGGAGGUCCAGGUCCUGAACGUGAGCCUGUCGGAGGGGGAGGUGGUGACCCUGGAGGACGUGGGCGGACGCGAGCACUCCGUCCUGGCCAACGAGUCGGUCCUGAUGAAGGGGCUGGUCGUGCGGAGCUCCAGCAAUCAGAUCUCCGUCCGCUUCCGGAGCGACCGCCCGCAGCCCGGCUCCUUCCUGCUGCGUUACCAAGCCUUCGUGUUGAGCUGUUCGUUCCCCCGUCGGCCAGCCUAUGGGGAUGUGUCGGUCACCAGCCUCCAUGCUGGGGGAGAGGCCUUCUUCUACUGCUUCACUGGGUACCAGCUGCACGGGCCCUCCAGCCUCGCCUGCCGCAACGCCACCACGCCCUACUGGAGCGGCAAGGAGCCCCAGUGCUUGGCCGCGUGCGGGGGAAUGGUCAAGAACGCCACGGUGGGGCGCAUCGUCUCUCCCGGUUUCCCUGGCAACUACAGCAACAACCUGACCUGCCACUGGGUGCUGGAGGCCCCCGAGGAGCAGCGGCUGCACAUCCACUUUGAGAAGGUGGCCCUGGCGGAGGACGAUGACAGGCUUCUGAUAAAGGACGGGAACAACAUCGACUCCCCGCCCGUGUACGACUCCUACGAGGUGGAGUACCUGCCCAACGAGGGCGUCGCCAGCACGGGCCGGCACCUCUUCGUGGAGUUCACCAGCGACGGCGCGGGCACCUCCACCGGCGCCGCCGUGCGAUACGAAGCGUUCGCUCGGGGGAACUGCUACGAGCCGUUCGUGAAGUACGGCAACUUCACCAGCAGCGACGGCGCCUACCGCGUGGGCGCGGUGGUGGAGUUCACCUGCGACCCCGGCUACACGCUGGAGCAGGGCUCCGUCAUCAUCGAGUGCCUGGACCCCGACAACCCCCAAUGGAACGAGACCGAGCCCGCCUGCAGAGCCGUCUGCAGCGGAGAGAUCACAGACUCGGCGGGGGUGAUCCUGUCCCCCAACUGGCCCGAGGCCUACGACAAGGGCCAGGACUGCAUCUGGGGCGUCCACGUGGAGGAGGACAAGAGAAUCAUGCUGGACAUCCAAGUGCUCCACGUGGGAAAGAACGACGUCCUGACCUUCUACGACGGCGACGACCUGACCGCCAACAUCCUGGGCCAGUACAGCGGCUCGCACCCGCGCUUCAAGCUCUACACCUCCAUGGCCGACGUCACCGUGCAGUUCCAGACCGACCCCGCCACCAACAUCUUCGGCUACCAAGGCUUCGUGGUCCACUUUUUCGAGGUCCCUCGUAAUGACACGUGUCCUGAGCUGCCGGAGAUCACCAGCGGGUGGAAGAGCACCUCGCACCCGGAGCUCAUCCACGGCACGGUGGUCACCUACCAGUGCUACCCGGGCUUUCAGCUGGCGGGCACCGAGAUCCUCAUGUGCCAGUGGGACCUGACGUGGAGCGGGGACGUGCCCAGCUGUGAGAGAGUGACGUCGUGUCCAGACCCUGGGAACGUGGAGCACAGCCACAGGGUGAUAGCCGGCUCCCAUUUCUCCGUGGGCUCCACGGUGCAGUACGUCUGUAGCAAGGGCUACGCGCUAGCCGGCGCCAGCCUGCUCACCUGCCACAGCCGAGACUCGGCCAUCCCCAAGUGGAGCGAGAGGCUGCCCAAGUGUGUCCCGGAGACGUACGAGCCGUGCAGGAACCCCGGCGUCCCCGCGUCCAGCGUCAAGAGCGCGGAGAAGCGCUUCUACCAGGCGGGGGAGACGCUGAGCUUCUCCUGCGCGAGCGGCUACGAGCUGCAGGGACAGCCCGCCAUCCGCUGCGUCCCCGGACACCCCUCGCAGUGGAGCAGCCCGCCCCCUGCCUGUAGAGCGUCCUCUUCGGUCUACUUAAACGAACGCCGGCUGGACGUUUCCAAUUCAGAACUGAGCAUGGAGGGGACGAACAUAGCGAUUGCCGUCUUGAUACCCGCUGCUGUCGUCAUGUUGGUCAUCCUUGGGAUUUACCUCUAUUUCUCAAAAGUCCAGGGGAAGUCCUUCCGCCUGCCCACGUCCAGCACGCCGCCGUACGACCACAUGACUGUGGAGUCCGCCUUCGACAAUCCCAUCUACGAGACCGGAGUGAGUACGGAGGACCUGGGUCUCAGAGACGCUGACUCCCAGAACGCCAUCGUCUUGUCCUGAUCACCUCCGCCUGACACCCGCCUGUCAUUCCACGACUCACCACCAGAGGGCCGUCCUCUCCACGCUGAACAUUCCAUCACCAGCGCUGCAAUCCGUCUCCAUACCCUUUCGCUCCUGCCUGCGCAGUUAACAAGCACUUGCCUCUCAUGCUGAACCGUCCAGUGCUUGUGAAAAUUUGAUAUGUCUGCCAGACAGCUCAAUUUUUCAUUGUGGCUGGAAAGCAUAUUCUAGUGUUAACACGUGUCAAGCACUAGACCAGUGGUUCCCAAACUUUUCAGACCACCCUAAAUAAUUUACCACACCCCAAAUAAUUGAAUUUGUUUCAACGUCUAAACUAAUCCGAAGCUUCAAAACAGGAAGGAAACAUUUUUUCAUGGAAACAUCGGCUACAAUCUAGCUGCUUGUGGAUGCUGAUAGCUGCCCAUAGUGCUGGACGUGUAUCACUUCAUAUUGGCAAAAAAAAAAAACGAGACAGUAAACUUGUUGACCGGUGCUAAAUUAAGCCUGUUUGUUUUCCUUUUGCAAUGUGACAGGGGACGUUAUUUUUGAUACCUACCCCCGGCCUGUAGCUCGUCAUCAAAAACAGAGUUGCAUUCAUGAACGUGGAUGUGCUUGAAACACGCACUUAUAGGCCACAUUUAGGCCGUGUUAAGUAAAAAAUGUGGAACCAAAAAUGAAGAGUGAAUUCUCAAAUGUGGGCUUUAAAAACUUUGUACGAUAUUCACAAUAUUUUUGUAAUAUUUCUGACGGUCCUAUGCGGCAGCCCCUGGAAGGAACACAUGGCACCCCAGGGUGUCACAGCACCCACUCUUCAAAACGCUACGCUAGAUUAAUUUACACAACGGUUUAGGGGGAGCAGAGUAGUGCGUCAAGCUUAGUUCUGUUAUGGGGAGCAGUGUGCUCAUCCUUCAGGACGGAGUGUAGCACAGUGGGUAAGGAACUAGACUUGUAACCGAAAGGUCGCAGGUUCGAUUCCCGGGUAGGACACUGCCGUUGUACCCUUGAGCAAGGUACUUAACCGGCAAUUGCUUCAGUAUAUAUAUCCAGCUGUAUAAAUGGAUACAAUGUAAAAUGCUAUGUAAAAAGUUGUGUAAGUCGCUCUGGAUAAGAGCGUCUGCUAAAUGCCUGUAAUGUAAUGUCUUGUUUGUGGGAGCGGUACAGCGCGAUGCUUCUGCUUCCCUUAUUCCGGCUAACGCACUCCUAUGUCGGUAAACGCGAGUAAAUAAGAAAUGCUUUGCGACACUCGGCUCGUGACUCACAGCUGUAGUCUAGUCUAGUGUAAAUACGGCCCCCCCCGGCCGCAAAGUCCCCAUAAAUAAAUUAUCGAGGUUGUAUUGUGAUUCAUCGUGGUUGUAUGUUUACAGAGCUGCGGUCACAUAGUACUUAUGGGUGUGAUUUCCACCAGGCUCCAUUUCGAACGGCGAAUGCCUAUUUUUCAUAGAACAUAAGACAAUGUCCUGAGUCAAACUUAAACUUUUAAAAAUUUAAUCCAGUAAUUAAUUUCACAUGAUUGUGUUCUUUGUGCAAUUUAGGAUUCAUACUUCCAGUACGGUGACCUACUAAUGAUUGUGAACAAUUCCAGCUCAGCAAAUUAUAUUUUUUGCAAUAAGUAUUACACAUUUUCAUUAGAAUGUUUACUUAUUGUAUAUAUUCAUAUGUGUACAUAUUUUUUGAAGUGCAUUUUAUGUGUUUAAUAAAAAUAUUUUCUAGUGAUUUGACAUAUGGUGCAUACAUUCAGGUAACAUUCAAGUUGAGUAGGCACAUCAAAAAUCAUGUACAGAAAGCAUAACAUUGGGCAAUUCUAUUUUUAAGUAACAAAAAAAAACAAUUCUGUUUUAUUAUAAUAUCAAUAGAGCACAGUCAGUGGAUAUGGUGUGCCUUUCUUGGACAGAAUACAUCUUCGACUACAUGUGAUGUGCGUGAAUGUGUCAGCCUUCUCCAAGCUCAUAUUGCAUUCAGGUGCUGUCAUUUGGUGCUAUCAUUUGGAUAAACAUAUGGAACUAAAUGAUGCACCUAAACCGCCAUCUGUGUCACCAUAUUGCAUGUUCAUAUCCCGAAUGGAAUUAACCGGAAUGUCUGAUAUCGCUGCUGCAUGUCAAUGAAGCUGAAAAAGUGCUUCGUCUCUAGAAAGCUGAGCAGUGCACAAACCGUUCUGUGAUGUGCUCGUUCCCCGACCUAAACUUUCCUGAAAAGCAGUAAAAGAGUCUCACAGAGGUCGUUGGAAAGAACAUAGCUCAGGACAGAGAUCGUCCUGCAGAACUCCUUAUUGAGUUGCUUAACGUCUGUUUUUGAUAUGAGAGCCGCAAGCUCUGUGGCUGUAAUUUUGCUCUGUGUGUGUGUGUUCAGAUGGUUUUUUGUGGUAGCUGGUUGGUCACUCGGGCUCCAAACCUAGGGCCCGACUGAGCAGGUGCUGUGUUUGUCUCUCUCCCCGCUCCCGUGCGCCCCUGUGUUGGACGCCAUGGUGACCGGGCCCCGCCUCUUCCCACCCCUCCCCGCGAUCCCAUCAGCCUCGGCUCACGCUCUCUGAUUACUAAUGACUGUGUCUGUCUGUCCCCCCUGCGACUGCACCCUCACGAAGAACAACGAGGUGAGGCCCCACACCGGCGCUGCAUGGCAGCGUUAAACGCUGUCCCGUCCAGCACACACACACACACACACACGCAUCCACACACACACACACACACGCAUCCACACACACACACACACACACACAUACACAUACUUGCACACUCACACACAUACACACACACACGCAUCCACACACAUCCACACACACACACACACACAUCCACACACACACACACACACACACUCACACACACGCAUCCACACACACACAUACACACACAUCCACACACACAUACACAUACAGAUACACACACGCACACACACACACACACACACAAAGGUCUUUGAAGGUUUGUUGGGCAUGAGGUGGCUUUAAACACUGAGCAUCAGGACCCUAGUGAGUUGGCUAUCUGAGACCAAGAGUCAGAAUAGCGUACCCCAUAGAGAUUUGCAGUUCCACCCAUUUGCAGUUUUUGAGUCACCUUCAAAAAUAAGAGAGGAAAAAUAACAAAGGAAAAUAACAAAGUCGUGUCCCGAUGGAAGUACCUGUAAUCCAUCUGGGGACACUACUUGGCGAGCAGAGGGGCUAAUUUCAGAGUUGAGGAUGAAUUGAACAAAACCAAGUCAAACACAUAAAAUCAGUGAAGAAAUCACAAUCCACAAGCACACAACAAAUCCAAAAAGCGAGUCUCCACUGGUGAACAGCAAACCAAGCCUUUUACAAAUUGAGAAUAAUUGAAAAUGGCCAACCAGAAGAAAAAC